AUGGCGUCAUCUGCGGGCCUGAAGCCGCCGAAGCCCAUCGUGCUGGGGGAAAACAUGGCCGCCCAGUGGAAGACUUGCGUGGUCAACGCAAUGGUGCUGGUCAAACGAAAUGAGAAGAUUCGCAUCUGCAUCGAUCCAUCACAGAUGACCAACAGCGCUAGUGCGGAGUUGAAGCAACACACUGAAAUGGAUCUUGAAAUGCAGUCACUCAAGUCGGUUGUAAUGCAAGGAUGGCCGGAAACGAGGAAUGAGUUGAUCCCGGAACUUCGCAAGUACUGGAACUUUCGAGACGAGAUGGCAGUUUAUGAUGGGCUGAUAUUCAAGUCGAACCAGGUACUGAUUCCUCAGCCGCUGCGGAAGGCGAUGUUGGCCAAGAUACACAGCGGUCAUGCAGGCAUUCAGAGCUGUAUUCGAAGGGCGAAGCAAGUGGUAUUCUGGAUAGGUAUGGGAAGCGACAUCCAGGAGAUGGUGGAAGCUUGCACGAUUUGUCAGCGUCAUCAGCGAAGCAACACAAAGCAAUCCAUUGUUCUGAAGGAUAUACCAGGACUCCCAUUCGAAAGGGUUGCGUCCGACCUGUUCCACUUCAAAGGGAAGGAAUAUCUUCUGCUCGUCGAUAGCUAUUCUGGGUAUUUUGACAUGAAACAGCUACCAGAAACAACAUCUAAACAGGUCAUCAAACAACUAAAAGAAUGGUUCUCCAUUCAUGGUAUUCCCCAAGUUUUGGAGACGGACAAUGGUCCUCAAUAUGCAUCAGCGGAGUUUCGCCAUUUCCGCGAUAAAUGGGGAUUCGAACACAAAACAUCGAGCCCUCACUUUCCCAGGGCAAACGGAUUAGCUGAACGAUACGUGCAAGUGGCCAAAUCGAUGCUGAAGAAGUGCAGUGAUGAUCAAUCUGAUAUACAACUGGCUUUGCUUCACUUGAGAAAUACACCUCGUAGCAGCUCCAUACCCUCGCCCAAUGAGCGUCUCAUGGGCCGAUUGGUACGUUCAAAUAUGCCGAUGACGUUGGAAGCACUAAGACCAAGAGUAUCGGUGAAUGUUCAACAACUACUAGAGCGUGAACGAGAGAUCCAGAAAGAGUAUGCUGACAGAGGAACCGUUGAACCACCAAAGUUCGCCGAGCAGGAGAGAAUACUCAUUCAAGAUCAAGCAUCACGCAGAUGGGCACCUGGAGCAAUAGUGAAACAGUUUGAUGGAAAUCGUUCGUACCUGGUGACCGAUGGCGAGAGAACAUUAAGAAGGAACACCCAUCAUCUACGCAAGCUACGCGGAAGUGACCAAAUGGAAGACAGUUUGCAAGAAACAAGACAUCCCGUGGAAAACGAUCCUGAUGAUACCCGGAGCGAGACACAGACUGAGGCCACGGUGAACCAAGGUCAACAUUCGUCGAUGGAUAUGCCCCGAGAAAGUGCAGCAGCGACACCUCGUGUAAGACGUUCUGGGCGCACAGUGAAACCUAAUAGAUGCAGUGAAUUUCUCUACUACUAA